AUGAGUGUCCCAUCACUUCGGAAUUGCAUCGGCAAUUCGGUCAGUAAGACAGCGGGUGUCAGAUAUGCAUCAACGAAGUCGGUGACUGCGAGACAACCACCCAAUCGUCCGGAACAUGGAGAGCAGAUAUAUGUCUAUAAUCACUUACGGACGAAUCAAGUCGUCUACUCACUUACCAGGGGAAUGGAUAACACCUCUUCCCUCCACCAACUCCCCUACAAUGGCAAAAAGACCCGCCCUGCCGCCCUCCGCAAAGACCACUGGCACCCCAUGGCCCUAAUAACCUUCCCACCCGGCUGUUCCUCCUCCGGCCUCAGCGCCUUCCAAAAACUCCGCGAAUAUCGCAAACGGCACGAACACUCCUGGGACCCCUCCUCCCCCCUCUUCAAACGCGAGCCCCAACCAGGCGAAUCCGACUACCAAAAAUCCAAAAUCCAUCUCACCUCCAAACUGCGCUCCCGCAAAAUAAACGACCAAAAAGCUAACACCGUCGCCGACAUGGCCGCUGUUCUCAAAGAUAUCAGAUACGGAAGCGAAAGAAUAGGUCUCGAAGGCAUUGGAAAGGAAGGCGUCGUAGAAGUGAAGUGGAGCGAUCUCGCAGACGCAAGUUACGCAGGCGAAGGAUCCGAUAUCUGGGGCGAAGCUGUUCUUCACGAUACUCUACCCUGGGAUCGCAAUAACCGGGACAUCCUCAAAAGACAAGCGUUAAGCACCGAAAAGCAAGCGGAAUGGAAAGCCCAGCGCGCAGCAACAAAGGAAGCCAACGAAGAAAAGAAGAGGAAAAACAGAGAAGAGAAUGAACGAAUCAUGAAAGCGAGAGAAGAGAGAUGGGCAAAACACAUAGCGCUCAUGGAGAAACACCGCGCAAUGGGCAAGGGUCCCAAGGUCCUCCCCCAAAGAAUCAGACAAUCCCCCGCCGACAAUUGGGCGCAGGAGAGACAGGCGCAGCUGGAAAAGUUAGCAUGGAUGGAAAGGACGGGCGGCUCGGCGCAGGAAUAUGAAUUCUCGCGCGAGCAAGCUGGUGCGGUGGAUGCGGUUGAGACGCAGGAAUUAGAGCUCGAAUCUGCAGCUGGAGCGGGAGCGGGAGCUCAACCGUUGGGUUUGGGAAAUGAAAAGAAUGCAGAGACAGAGACUCCUGCGACUAAAAUUCUUUAG